GGACUUUUAUAAACUAAAAUAAUAUAAGAAAUUCAAAUUGAGAAGUGAUAUAAAAUAUUAGGACUUAAAAUUCUCCCACACUCCCCUAUGUCAAUUCACCACAAAACUUGACAUCUUUUCUUGCCCCAUUACUCAUCCAAAAACUUCAACGCAAUACCAACCCUCUAUCUUUUAAACAUUGAAAUGGAGUUAGAACACCUAGAGAAUUCACUUAGGUGCAGUUCUAAGAUGCUUAACCCCACAUGCACAAACCCUUUUUGCUUCUUUUGCACCAUGAAUGAGCCAGACCCAUCUCUUAGAAGAGCCAAAAUUGCUCAAUCUUUCCAAGAAAUGCCGCUUAAAGAUGGUCAAGAACAUGUUUUGGUCUUAAGUGGGAUAUGGAACAUUGCCAUGACUCAACCUGAUGACCCAGAAUUCCCAUCUCUAGGCAUUUUUGAAUGCAUGGGAAAGCUUAUAGAUAGAGGCAUCAAAGAUAGAGAAUGGCUUCUUAAAGACCAAAACAUCUAUAUUCCAUACUAUGCAGCUCAUAUCAUUGGCUCUUAUACCAUGAACAAGGCAGAAUUUGCAGAUAAGGCAGUUAACUCAGGUGUGGUUCUGCCUCUAAUGGAGCUUCUUAGAGGAAAAAUCACAUGGGUAGAGCAAAGAGUUGCAAUAAGAGCACUAGGUCAUAUUGCUAGUCAUGAAAGAACCUUUGGAGCUAUUAUUGAACAUGAAGCGGAGAUGAUAGAGUUGGCCAUGGAAUUAGCUUGCAAUUGCCUUAAAACAGUCUACAAAAGAUUUCUUGGUGUGAAAUAUAGCAAGAGAGUGAAGUACCAUUGUGACCUGCUUACAAGGGGUCUUGGAGGGAAAGAGAGAGAGAACAAGAAGGCGGAGGAAUGGGCUAUUCAAUUACGGUGCUGGUCUUUGCAUCUCUUAAACUGUUUUGCAUAUAAAGAAAGAUGUCUUGAUCUUAUCUGCAAGAAACAAUUUUUGAGGGAUUUAUGUGAGAUGUGGGGUGGUUUAGGGAAGAAAACAUCACCUGGUGGGUUUGGAGUCUUAAGAACUUUAUGCAACUCAAAAACUGGAAGAGUAAGUAUAGCAAAUUUGGAAGAAGUUAUAGUAAGUCUUUGCAACACAUCAAGAUCUUCUCAUGAUUGUCAACACAUGGCAAUAGAUUCUCUUCUUUCACUGCUUAAAGACUCAGAUACUAGACAUAAGGUUAUAGAAAUUGCAGCUUUAUUUCUUGCUGAUUUGGUUGAGCAUAACAGUUUAAAUGAAAGAAAGAAAGUAAUCGGAGAAGCAAUUACACAAGCAUUAUUACAAGAUUACCAUAAGAUCAAAUAUGGGUUCAUAAAGUUGAAGAGUAAACGUACUGAGGAUGCAUUAAAGGAGAUAUGGGAAUUGAAGGUAGAAAGAAGAAAGAGAGAGGAGAUAGUUUCUGAACAAGAAUUGAAAGAGAAGACACACUUGGCUCGCUUGUUGAAACAAGAAGGUAACAAGAAGUUCUGGUCUGGUUAUAUUGAAAAAGCUGUAAUGAAGUAUACAAAAGCUUUGGAUUUAUGCCCAUUAAGGAUGAGAAAAGAAAGGAUAGUUCUUUACAGUAACAGAGCACAAGGUUAUUUGUUACUUAGAAAUCCAGAUUCUGCCAUUAGUGAUACCACUAGAGCUUUGUGCCUAUCAAGUGCUGGAAGUCCUCAUAGUAGGAGUUUGUGGAGAAGGUCACAAGCUUAUGAUAUGAAAGGAAUGGCUAAAGAAAGCUUGAUGGAUUGUUUAAUGUUCAUUAAUGGCAGAAAGAAAUCUAAGCAAUCCAAGAAUGUCAAGAUGAUCCCUUCCUAUGCAGCUCGCAUGAUCAACAAGCAAGUGAAUGCCACGUGGCUUUUCGCAGACGCUAAGUCGAAGAACAAAGUUGAAGAAAAAGUAGACAAAUCCAAUGGAGGAGAGGACGCGAUGAUGAUGGAUAUGAAAGAAAAGAAAGGCAUGCCCACCAUUCUUGAAGAAUCGUUGGCUGAAAGGGAGUGGAGUAGAAGCAAGCAAGGUAGGGAAGAAAGGAGAAGAGAAGCUGCAGCUGUCACUGCUGAAUUAGCUUAUAUGAAAAUGGGUUGAGAGGUAUGUGAUCAAGUGGUGUCUAUCAUCAUAAGAGAUGAGAGGAAUUUUUCCUGCUUUGUCUUGGUUCAUGAAUGCACACCCUAAUGCCUAAAAGACCAUUAACGUAUUCUCAAGGCAAAGCAGGCAAAGAGAAGAUAACAUAAAAUAUAUAAUUAUCUAUAAUUAUUUCUUUCA